CUAAAAAGUUCACUAAUUUUUGCGCCUAUAAAUUCCAAGUUCCAAAACGAGAAAGUUCCCCCGGUUAGUAUCAGAAUCUCCAAUUCCACUCAAUUUUCAAACCCCCCUCUCUCUCUUCAGUCACUAUGAAACAACACGCAACCGUUGCUUCCACAGAUCACACGUGUAAAACCAUUGAAAUCGCCGUCGUCGAGCGGCAACAUCACCGUUCUCAGCCGCUUCUUCCGCUACAAGCCAUCAAGCUUUCGCCGUUUCCAACUGCCGACGAUAAUCCCUAUGAUUUUGAAUUUAACUACAGUUGCGCCGAUGACAACGGGGAAGAGUUCUUCAUUCCUCCUCUCAACUUCGCUAUGGUCGAUAAUGGCAUUUUCCGGUCUGGUUUCCCUGAUGUAGAUAACUUCUCUUUUCUUCAAACGCUUGGACUACGUUCCAUCAUAUACCUGUGUCCAGAGCCAUAUCCAGAAGCAAACAUGGAGUUUCUCAAGGCAAAUGAUAUUCGCUUGUUUCAGUUCGGAAUUAAAAAUUGCAAAGAACCUUUUGUAAAUAUUCCAGAAGAGAAAAUUCGUGAAGCAUUGGGGGUUUUAAUUGAUGUUAGAAAUCACCCGGUGUUGAUCCACUGCAAACGUGGGAAGCACCGAACUGGUUGCCUUGUUGGAUGUUUGAGAAAAUUGCAGAAGUGGUGCCUAACUUCUGUGUUUGACGAGUACCAGCGUUUUGCUGCUGCCAAAGCAAGAGUGUCAGAUCAGAGGUUUAUGGAGCUUUUUGAUGCAUCCAGCUUCAAACAACAGUCAUUGCCAUUUUCGUGUUCAAAGAGAUGUUAUGAGAGGUAGGGGAAGCGGGUGCUACUAGGGGCAGGGUGAAGAUGAGGUGUGU